CCACGUCGGUGUUGUUCGAUACAUAGGUGACCUUGUCAUACAGACUUGGUUGAGAGUGCUUGACACCCGCAGCAUCCCCAGUGCGGAGCACAUGCACUCCAACUAUUGGCCGUCAAAGUCGCGUACAAACCACGUCUCCUCAUGCCGCUCUAUGUACUGCGUUCUUGGAUAUCAAGCAAUAUAAUUUCGACACCGACAAAGCCUACACAACCUCAAACUCAGGCCAAACAAUAGUAUGGGUGAAAAGGAAGACAAAGAAAAGGCUGAGAAGCUCGCAGCGGCGAAAAAAAGAGUUGCACAAUUGCAGAAGAAGAAGAAAGCAGCGACCGCCGGAACGAGCACGGGCGAAAAGAGUGCGAAAGACAAGCCAAAGAGUGAUGCCACGGUCAAGGAAGAUGAGCCUGAAGUAGAAGCCGAGCCGGCCACUGAAGAAAAGGAAGCCAACGUAGAUGGCGAAGAUGCCGCAAAGGUAGAAGAAGCAGGCGCACAAGACACUACGGCAGAAACAAUAGACGCGGACGAGGCAGCCCUCAACGAAGCCAUCCAAGCGGGCAACGCGGCACCCGCAGAUCCAGAAACACUACAAUCCCCAGAUAUUGUUACUCCUCCGGCAGAACAGGACUCCUCGUCUACGAGAGGACCUCGUCAUACAACACGACAGCCGAGCAUUAGCCUCCAGAGCAAGAUUCGAAGUACGAGUUUCAGGGACAAUGGCCCUCUUAGUCCGGCCGCAAGUGCUAAUAUGUUGGCCCGGGUAGAAGAGCUGGAGAAAGAGAACAAGCGGCUGGCGAAAGAGGCGGAAGAACAUGAGAAGAGGUGGCGCAAGGUGGAAGAAGAAUUAGAAGAGCUUCGAGAACAGAAUGCUGAGAAGUCGGCGUCUACUGCAGGCGACACCGACGACGAGCUUACCAGGCUGAGGGCCGAGGUUGAGACAUUAAGGCGCAAGGCCAGCACCGGUGGUCGAAAGGAUAGUACCCAUGGUGCAGGAGAGGAAGUUGACACGUUGAAAGCUGAGCUUGAGAGCAAAGACUCGACGAUUGCCGACAUGCAGCUUGAGAUAUCUCGUUUACGAGGUCAAUUAUCCAGUCAGUCGCAAGGACGCGAGUCGCAUGGAGAGCAAGUUACGGCGUUGCAGAUUUCAUUGGCGAAUGCAGAAAACAAGUUGCGCAGUCUGGAGACCGAGUUGGCCGACACCAAGAAGGCAUUGUCCAAAGCGAGCGAGAAGGCUGUUCUCGAUGGCACAGAACGAACAAGCAAGGACACAAAGCUACGGAGUCUCGAGAGAGAACUAGAAGAAGCUGUGUCGCAAACGGACGAACUCACGAAGAAGGUCGAGCAACUGGACAAGAAGAUUGAGGCUAUGAACAAACUGCAUCGAGAAGCGGAGUCAAGAAAUGCUUCGAAGUUGGCGGCAGCUGAAGCCAGCGCUCGAGAAUUGCCGGCUCUACGCUCAAAGGUGGAGAAGGCCGAGGGUGAGAAUGCACGAUUGAGAGAGAAGCACAAGCGUGUCAUGAGUGGCGAUGCGGGAGGUGAAGGUUUGGACGAACUCGAAGAUGAAGAGCGCCAGAAACUCGAGAAGAAGAUUAGAGACCUGGAAGCGCAGGUGUUCGACUUGCGGCGUGGUGUCUGGCGGGACAAGAGGGUACAAAUGCAGCCACGUGGUGACGAAGGGUCGAGAACUUCGAUGGACCCUGGCGAAGACUUUGACGAGGUUGAUCUGUCUGGGUCUGGCAACGCGAACGGGCGGAAGAGUAUUGGUGGCAAUCAAGCACAACAGGUUCGACAUUCUGGAUUCUCGCAGGUGUUGAAUUCUGGCCUGGCUGCGUUCCGGGUGAGCACGACCUCGCCUGAAGCGCAGCAACGAACCAACCGUCCUCGAAACGACUCUCUGCUUCAGGAAUUUGCAGAAGAUGACGCCUUUGAUGAGGAUGCCUUUGCCCGGGCUCAAAGAGAGGAAGAGGCCCGUAAGAUGGUCGAGCAUGUGAGAGAGGUCAAGAGAGGGUUGAAGCAAUGGGCUGGAUGGAGGUUAGAUCUGGUCGAUGCCAGGAGGGCUGGUGCCGGUGUAGGGUUUGGAGAGAUUUUUGAUGUUUAGCAUGUUAUAGAUUCUCAUGGUAUAUUUUGAGGCAUAGCAAGAGCCUGCGUGCUCGAGUUCACAAGGUGUAAGGUCGAGUCCGGUUGUCAAAUGAUGCGAAAAAAUUGACCACAUUCCAAGCGGACAAUCUUACUUUCUCUUCAUUCUUCCGCUCACUUGCUUUCCUUCACAACUUGAUGCAACACCUUCUCAUACUCUUCGACUUCUUUUGCUCCAACCAGUGUAA